AUGGCGUCCUCCGUCGCUAGGACGUGGACGAGGCCGGCGCCCACGCUAUCGCAUCCUCUCGUCUACCUAUCCUUUAGCCACGACGCGUCCUGCGUCAUAGCGGCGGACGCCUCCACCGUGCACUGGCUCAGCUGCGACACCUUCGCCCUGCGCGGCCUUUACCAGGAGAGACACGCCAGCAGGGCCGUCGUCGCCGCUUGCGGCGACAUGCUCAACGAGAAGGCGUCCACCUGCGCCGUCGUGACGACGACUCGCGCCGCCGCACGCCCUUCUGGCGGCUCCGAGACGACGACGUUCGCCAUCCGGCGCUGGAGGCCAGGCUACCUGAACUACCACUGGCGCUACGACGAGUGGGCGGCGGACAUCGAGGCCGUCGAGGUGCGGGCGAUAGGCGUCCGCGGCGACAAGACCUUCCUCGUUCUCGACGGCCGCGUGGACGUGUACGGGCUCGCCGGGGACGGCCGCGUGCAUGUGCUCCACCGGGUGGAAACGUGCAGCGCCAGGCCCCUCUGCGCCGCGUCGCGGGCCGCGCCGGUGGCGAUCGCGUACACCGGCUCGGAGGUCGGCGAGGUGCGCGUGGAGCGGUGGGCGGCGGCGGCGGGCGGGUUCGCGCCGCUGUCGUCCUUCCGUGCGCACUCGUCGCGGCUUGGGUGCGUGGCCGUGUCCUGGGACGGCCGGUUCGUUGCCACGGCCAGCUUCAAGGGCACCAUCGUGCGCGUCUUCCACGCCGCCGAUGGCAUGUUGCUUCGAGAGUCGAGCACACAUUGCCUGAAAGAUUCUAUUUUGAAGAUGGCUAUAGCUAGUGAAUCUCAUCAGGCACAUUGUUCAUGUCGUUGGAUGCAGCUACGAAGAGGCGCUGACAGAGCAGACGUCUACAGCAUGGCGUUCUCCCCCGACUCCAAGUGGCUUGCCGUCUCCAGCGACAAGGGGACGAUCCACGUCUUCAGCGUCAACGUGGAUGUGUCCUCGUCGUCGCCGGCACAGGAGGACAUCCACAACCCUGACAGUGACAGUCCCAAUGCAGGCUCUGCACUGAACGCCAAGCAACCAUCGUGGUAUUUCUUCAGUGGUUUUGUGCCAGGAUAUUUCAGGCAAGAUGGUUCACUUGCAAAGUUCCGCUUGCGUGAAGGCGUGAAGUACGUGGUGGCCUUCAGCCAUCAUGAGCCAAACACCGUCCUCGUCAUCGGCAUGGAUGGAAGCUUCUACCGCUGCGAGUUCGAUCCGGUGAAAGGAAGUGACAUGAAACAAGUGGAAUACAGGAACUUCAUGAAGAUGAAAUGA